CCUUCUGCUUCGAGUCCUACUGCUCUCUGCAUCCUGGGUUGGACUUCCAGCUACCUAUAGCCACCAAAGAGUAUGUCUGUUGACAUGUCCCCAGGAAUUAGGCCAUGUGGACAAAUUAAAAAGAAAGUAGAAAAUCCAGGGUUAGCUUUGGGAAGGCUCUGAAUUUCUCUCUGCAAUGACUUCUGGAGACAACGGGGGUGGACAUGUAAGAUCCAAACAGGUGUAAGUGCUUUAAAGCAAUUCCCUGAGGCAAAAGAGUAUGAAGUGGUUUAUCCCAUAAGACUUCAUCCACUCUGGAAAAGAGACGUCGAAAAGCCAGAGCCAAAGGAAACAUUUGAAACAGAAUUAAAGUAUGAAAUGACAGUUAAUGGAAAAAUUGCAGUGCUUUAUUUGAAGAAGAACAAGAAUCUCCCUGCACCAGGCUACACAGAAACAUCUUAUAAUGCCACAGGAAAGGAGGUCACGUCAAGUCCUCAAAUCAUGGAUGACUGUUACUAUCAAGGACACAUCCUUAAUGAGACAGAGUCUGACGCCAGCAUCAGCACGUGUAGGGGUCUAAAGGGCUACUUCAGCCUGGGAGACCGAAGGUACUUCAUUGAACCUUUAAACCCCACAAAUCAGGACGAACAGGAGCACGCACUCUUCAAGUACGAUGCUGAGGAAGACAAGGUCAACGGCUCCUGUGGCAUGGAUGAUGUGUUAUGGCCACCGGGAUUGCAGCAGAAUGUGAGCCUGCCCAACACCAGGCUGGUUAAGUUGAAUGACCAGAACUUUCAGGAACAUAAGAAAUACAUAGAAUAUUAUGUGGUCCUGGAUAAUGGUGAGUUUAAGAAGUACAAUGAGAAUCUGGAUGAAAUAAGGAAGAGGGUAUUUGAGAUGGCCAAUCACAUCAACAUGCUUUAUAAAAAGCUCAAUGUUCAUGUGGCCUUAGUUGGGAUAGAAAUCUGGACGGACAAGGAUAAAAUAGAGAUAACCCCAAAUGCAACCCUCACCUUGGACAACUUUUCUAAAUGGAGGGGGAGAAGCCUACUCAGAAGAAAGCGCCAUGAUCUUGCGCAGUUAAUCACCUCAACAGACUUGUCUGGAGCCAUGGUGGGUCUUGCCUUCAUGUCCUCGACCUGCUCUCCUUAUCAUUCUGUUGGCAUCGUUCAGGACCACAGUAGCAAUCUUCAUAGAGUCGCGGGGACAAUGGCCCAUGAAAUGGGCCACAACCUCGGGAUGAUCCAUGACUCCUAUGGUUGCAAGUGCCCCUCCACAGUAUGUGUGAUGGAGCAGAGAGUAAGCUUCUAUAUACCCACAGACUUCAGUUCCUGCAGCCGUGUCAACUAUCACAAGUUCCUUGAAGAUAAAUUACCAAAUUGCCUCUUUAAUACCCCGUUGCCUGCCGAUAUCAUAUCCACCCCGAUCUGUGGGAACCAGUUGAUAGAAGCGGGAGAGGACUGUGAUUGUGGGACCCCCGAGGAAUGUACCAACAUUUGCUGUGAUGCUGAAACAUGUAAAACCAAAGCAGGCUUUCAGUGUUCAUCAGGAGAAUGCUGUGGAAAAUGCCAACUUAAAAAGGCUGGGACUGUGUGCAGACCUGCAAACAAUGAGUGCGACCUGCCUGAGAUGUGCGAUGGUAAAUCCAGUCGCUGCUCCAGUGACAGAUUCCGCGUCAAUGGCUUCCCUUGCCAAAAUGGGCGGGGCUACUGCUUGAAUGGGCGGUGCCCCACGCUGCAGCAGCAGUGCACCCAGAUGUGGGGCCCAGGCACCAAGGCUGCAGAUGAGUCUUGUUACCACAAGAACGAAGCUGGGUCCAAGUAUGGAUACUGUCACAUAGAGAACGACACCCGCGUUCCCUGUAAAGCAAAAGACGUCAUGUGUGGCAAGUUGUUCUGUCAAGGCGGGUCAGGUGUUUUGCCCUGGAAAGGAUUUAUAAUCUCUUUCGGGACAUGUAAGCUAUUUAAUCCUGAAGACACAAGUCAAGGAAUAGACAUGGUAGCCAAUGGAACCAAGUGUGGGAAGAAUAAGGUGUGCAUUAAUGCAGAAUGUGUGGAUGUGGAGAGGGCCUACAAGUCCACCAAUUGCUCCUCCAAGUGCAAAGGACAUGCGGUGUGUGACCACGAGCUCCAGUGUCAGUGUGAAGAAGGAUGGGCCCCUCCCGACUGCGACGACUCCUCCACAGUCUUCUAUUUCUCCAUUGUGGUGGGAGUGCUGUUCCCAGUGGCAGUGAUAUUUGUGGUGGUUGCCAUAGCAAUCCGGCACCAAAGUGCCAGAAGAAAGGAGAAGAAAGUCCAGAGGCCACUCUCUCCCCCUGACACGGGGCUAUACAUGCAGAAGAGUAAACCUCAGAUGGUGAAGGCCAUUCAACCCCAAGAGGAUGGAAAGUCCAAGAUGGAGAUGCUGGCAGAUUUGGUACCUGGCAAGAGUCUACUUCCUGACUCGGAGACAGCUGCCUUCUCACUGUCCUCACAUGGACUCAAAUCCAAAAGUGUGAAGCAACAGCUAAGCAAGAAUCAAUGGACCCAUAAUGAAAUGGGAAGUCUUGAAAAUCUGGAGGACAGAGAAAUACACUUACUUUCUCACUAUGUGCCCCUUACACUCGAGGAAGUUAAAGUUUCCUGACUCCUGAUAUACCUUUGAAGAGAUUAAGUAAAAUUUCUCAAGAAAGCCUUCAUCCUGAGAACACAUGUAUCAAUUGCAAAAAUUUUAUAUAUAGUCACGGAAAGGAAGAUGCUUUUAAAGAAAUAUGCAUGAACUUUAAGUAUCUAGUUGAUUUUUUUUCCUAGAAAUCUUCUCUUUUUACUAUUAUGCUAACUAGCUGCUUGAGUGUUCUUUAAACACCUUAAUUUGCUCCUUUGAUGGUAAUUAAUGCAUCCUUUACUGAAAACAAACAAAAAUCACAGGGGACUGGAAGGGAAGGGAAAAAUGCACAUUCAUUAUGAAAUGAAUUGUGACUUCUCGAUUGUUUUAAUAGUUAACUUGUCAAAUUAAAACCCUCAGUUAAGGUGAAAAUUCUGCAAAUGUCGUCUCUUCAAUGUGAUGUGUCUCCUGCCUACAUUAUUUUCUGAAAUAUUUAUUAACUGUGUCAUUUGAGAUUUUCUAGAGUUGAGUAAAACCUUCCUAAUUAAGAAAAACUGCCAUUGAUAUUUGUAUAAUUUGGUUACUAACAUGGUAAAACUGAACUUUACUUUCUAAAUAGAGAAAGUUUCAGUCAAAUAAACCAGUAGCAUAAACCAGUGUUUACAAACUAGUGACCUGCAAACUAUGUUUGGACUACAGAUGUCUUUUAUUUGGCCUGAAAGAUGUUGACCACACAGUGUUUUAAAAUGUUUUGAAUUUAUUACCAACAUUUUAAAAAGUGGGAGACCUUAUGUAAACAUUAAAAUUCCAAGUUUUUAAAAAGUAAUCAGUUAGUGAAUGCUGGAAUCCCAUGGCCCCGAACAGCUAUAGCUUAGUGGACAGAUGGUGGAGCAAAUAUCCCUGGUUGAAUGGUUAAUAUCUCCCCUUCUUUGCUUUCAGAACCCCAAUUUUAACCACCAUUCAUUUUUAGGUAAGAUGAUCCUAAUCAUCCCUGGAUAAGUUCUUGUCACUUUAACUCAGUUGAAAUGAUCCUAAUUUGCAUGCCAGUGGUUGAUCUGGAGGGGGACAUUCAACUCUCCCUUUUCCCCCGGUGAUAUGAUAGAGGAGGUGUGUGGGGGAUUUCUGGGAACCGUGUCCUCAUUUUCUCUUUGGGAUGGUGGCAUCUGCUACUGCUGCAGCUGGCCUGUGAUUGUGAAGACAAGAUGAUAUGCUGAAGAAGAUGGAAAGAAAGAUUCAAAGAAGAAAACCUGGUC